CAUAGACAACUUCAAGAGGCUUGCCCCUUUUCCCUUGCAAAAAAUAUCACCACCUAUAUUGUGCUCACCAUAUAGUCCGUCAUGGGAAAAUGGUAUUAGUAUUUAUUUUAUUGCUUUAUUUUAGAUUCAUAUGGUGUUGCUUAACUCAGUUAAUUGAGUUAAAGUCGGGCAUAAACGCCAGCGGGCGGAUUCCGUUUUGGCAUGUAAUUAGAGUCCCCCCCUAUCUCCCGCAAAUCCAUUCUCUCACCCCAUCUUCCCCGGCAAUCUGCUCGGACAGCGCUACCACAUCACCGGCUGCAUAGUCGGUGCGCUUUCUAUUCAUUUCCACGUAUAUACGCGUCUAUUUACGGCCGGAUCUCUGAAUUUAUCCGUCGAGUUGGGAAUUGAACCAGAUCUUGCUUGAUUUUCUAGUCUAGGUCUAUUUCUAACUUCUUUUUUCUCUUCUCGCUCGUCGGAGCGUUUUUUAGUUUCCUAUCUUGUCCGACUAUUCUGAAUCUGCGGAAAUGGUUUCCUUCGAGAUGAACGAUCGUAAAAAGAUUGGUCUAGGGUUGACAGGAUUCGGAGUAUUCUUUUCAUUCUUAGGAAUCAUUUUCUUCUUCGACAAGGGGCUAAUUGCCAUGGGAAACAUCCUCUUUGUAUCUGGGGUGGCCAUAACAAUUGGUCUGAAGCCAUCCAUGCAGUUCUUCAUGAAGCGUAGCAACUAUAAGGGAACAAUGUCAUUUGGAGUUGGCUUUUUCUUGGUUGUCAUUGGAUGGCCUAUUCUGGGCAUGAUUCUCGAGGCUUAUGGUUUUGUUGUGCUUUUCAGUGGAUUCUGGCCGACUUUGGCAGUUUUUCUGCAAAAGAUACCUAUUCUCGGCUGGCUCUUUCAGCAGCCUUUUGUCAGAUCGUUCUUUGAUCGUUACCGGGGAAAGCGAGUACCAGUAUGACUUGGUUGUCUCAAAUGCAAUGUGUAAGCAGUGUGAAAUAUGGCCAUAAAGUGGUUUGCGGGUCACCAGCAGUAUAAUGAUGGCACUAUGAUUUUUGUUCUUUGAUGACAUGGAUAUGGGUCUCUUUUAGUGCUUUGUGGUAGUUUGCCUUUUCAUAGUUUUGUUGUAAUCAUCAAGGACUGAUUUGUAUCAGAUUUUUGUUCAUCCGUGCUAAAUCUGUAAAUACGUUAAUUUGGUGGUCAAUCAUCAGGCAUUGAAGUGGAAUUCUUGAUGAAACAUAGAUCGGGGUGGACCUUGUCAUUUUUUACAGAUGAAUUAAACUAAACUUAACACGUUUGGUCCAUAUUGGGCCAUUGGGGAUUCAAAUAUACCAGUAAAUCUUUACAUAUAAUAUACUCUGUAUAAUAUAUUUACUACUCCUUCGUCC